AUGAAUGGAGAAAAUCACUCAGUGGUGUCUGAAAUUUUCUUGUUGGGACUCACGAGUUCUUGGGAGAUUCAGAUUUUCCUUUUUCUGUUUUUCACAGUGUUUUAUGUAGCAAGUAUGCUGGGAAACAUUCUCAUUAUGCUUGCUAUAAUCUCAGACCAUCACUUACAUUCCCCGAUGUACUUUCUGUUGGCAAAUCUCUCCUUCAUUGAUACAGGUGUUUCCAGCAUUGCAACCCCAAAGAUGGUUUAUGACCUUUUCAGAAAACAUAAAGUCAUCUCCUUGAAAGGAUGCAUUACUCAGAUGUUCUUUAUUCACACUGUUGGUGGUACAGAGAUGGUGCUGCUCAUAGUCAUGGCCUAUGAUCGGUAUAUUGCUAUCUGUAAGCCCCUCCACUACCUGAACAUCAUGAGCCUAAGAACAUGUAUUUCUUUUACGGCUGUUGCUUGGACCAUUGGACUCAUCCAUUCUGUGGCCCAACUGGCUUUUGUUGUAAACUUACCCUUUUGUGGCCCCAACAAAAUGGAUAGUUUUUAUUGUGAUUUUCCUCGGUUUAUCAAACUCGCGUGUAUAGACACAUACAGACUGGAGUUUCUGGUCACUGCCAACAGUGGUUUCAUCUCCAUGGGCACUUUCUUCAUCUUGAUUGUGUCCUACAUCUUUAUUCUGGUCACAGUUCGUAAACACUCUUCAGGAGGUUCAUCCAAGGCCCUGUCCACUCUCACAGCUCACAUCACUGUUGUGGUUUUCUUCUUUGGUCCUUGCAUUAUUGUCUAUGUGUGGCCAUUUCCUACCUUACCUAUAGAUAAAUUUUUAGCUAUCUUUGAUACCCUUAUUACUCCUUUUAUGAAUCCUGUCAUCUACACAUUUAGAAAUAAGGACAUGAAGGUAGCAAUGAGGAAACUGUUUCUUAGGGCUUUCAGUAUCAGGCAGAAUUCUUUUUCUCCCAGUCCAAAAAAAUUCAGAUUCAUCUUGACUAUUCUUGGAAAUUAA